AAUGACACUAUGACCGAAUCCCUUGAGGAUUUAGAAGACGACGAAAUCACGUCACUACCCAUCUGCUCUACCCCAGCGUCCCGUCCAUCCUCUGGUAGCCCCACUGGCACCAGUGAGAAACACAAACUGGACGACGAUGACACCACCAGUAGCGAAGCCAGCCAACCCGGUAACCCCACUGGUGCCGGCGUGUCUCCUUUCGACAAUGUUUCUACCGAUAUAACCCCUGCCGGCAGCCCCACUGGUUCCGGUAUCCCUCCUGAUUGCUUGCGCCGGGGAACUCGUGAACGGCAACCUUCAACACGGUUACGAGACUUUGUUGUUCACACCAUUCAACAUCCUCAAGCUGCUUCACCAUCCCCGGAUCCACCCUCAGCUCCGACGAUUAGGUCAUAUACCACGAAACAGAAUGUUGUAAUUCCGGGGAAGAGUCUCCCAGCGAUUAGGAAAAAGGCCCGGUCUGCCCUUACUGAGUACCUGCAUACCACCAGAAGCUUGCCCUUCACUGUUGCUGAGCAUAUAAGCAAGAAUUCGCCUCGUUUUCUUGAAUCCUUGUUGAGCAAGGUGAAUCUGGACGGUAACAUAGUACAAUCCGUAGCGCGUCACCUCCGGUACAAUCCCAUCAACGAGUUUGAACCGUUCUUUGAGAGUGUGGGGUUGAGCCCUUCUGAGUUCUCGGUGUUUCUGCCUCAGGACAUCAUGUUCUUGAAUGAUGACAGGCCAUUGAUAGAGAACUAUCAAGUUCUGUGUAGCUACGGCGUUGAGCGGAAUAAGAUAGGAACCAUUUACAAGAAUGCCCCAGAGGUGUUCCGAUACGGGCCUGGAAUUCUGAAAUCAAAGCUGUUGUCUUUCGAAGAGUUUGGCUUGAAUCAGGUCACAGUUAUUAAGGUUGUGUGUUUGUGUCCUCAUCUCCUGACAGGGAAUGUGAGUAGAGACUUCUUUAGGGUUCUGGAGAAGUUAAGGAGCAAUGGGAUUGAGUGUGAGUGGAUUCAAGGGCAACUAUCAAAGGCCCACUCUUUCAAUUGGAGGCGAGUGGGUGAAGUGAUGUUCUUGCUCAGUAAUUUAGGUUUCUGUAAGGAGCAGCUAAGAACUGUGGUUUGCCAGAAUCCAGAGAUUUUGUUUGAUACAUCGGGACACAGUACGUUUUCACUGAUUGGGUUCUUGUUGAAAUUUGGGUUUGGACGGGACGAAAUACAGAAGAUGUUUCUUCAACAACAUAAGGAGUUCAAAGUUGCAGAGUUUGUUAGAAAUUUACGUAACGGUUAUGUUUUCUUGGUUGAAAUUGGAAUGGACAGCCAAGACAUUUUCAAUGUGGUUCGCUCGCACGCUGUGCUGCUGGGUUCUUGCCCUUUGAAGAAAGUGACAACAUUGCUAACAAUCUUAAAAGCCGGGAAGAAGAGGAUCCGUGAAAUGAUCUUGACAGAUCCACAUGUUUUGAAGAAAUGGGGUUUAGGGGUGAGGGUGGACCCCCUCCCCUCACCCGAGGAGGACGAGGAAGUCAAAUCAAAAGCCAUGAAAACACAGUUUUUGUUGAGGUUAGGGUUCGUGGAGGACUCAAGGGAAAUGGAGGAAGCUCUGAAAGCAUUUCGUGGCAAGGGGUUGGAGCUUCAAGAGAGAUACGAUUGCUUAGUGAACUCAGGCUUAAAGCCAGAGGACGCGGCGAAGAUUGUGAGGUUUUCUCCUAACAUUCUCAACCAAAGCAAGGAACACAUUGAGGCAAAGAUUGAUUUUCUCAAGAACACAUUGGGCUGUGACGUGUCGUGUUUAGUCGCGUUUCCCAAUUACAUUUCAUACGCGCUCAAGAGGAGCAUGCUUAGGCUUUCGAUGUACAAAUGGCUGAGGGAGCGAGGGAAAGCGGGCCCCAAGUUGGCAUUGAGCACUCUCAUAGCGUGUUCGGAGAAAGUAUUCGUGAAGACGUGUUUGGUGAAGUAUAAAGAGGUUUCAAAUUUGAUAUCUCAAGACUUCAAAAUCUUCUCAAAUGAAACUGUUCUGAGAAGCCAGCCAAAGUGACUCCAAGGGUCACUUUGAUGAUUCAAACACUCAACACCACUGUUUCCCUGACCACAUUCUCUUUUUUUUUUGUUGUUGAGGGAUUUGAUGUGGUUGAGAAUCUACUCUUAGGGCCUGUAUGUACAUUCAGCUUUACGUAUUGUACAUUGAAAAUUAAUGUUGGAGUCCUUU